AUGAACAGCAAUGGUCAGUUGCUGCUCAGUCUUUGUGCUCAAUACGGUCUAGCAAUUACGAACACUAUGUUUAGACUUGCCGCUAAGUACAAGACAACAUGGAUGCACCCAAGAUCCAAGCACUGGCAUUUGAUCGACUAUGCUAUCGUAAGGCAAAGAGAUUUCAGCCAAGUGCAGAUCACCCGUGUUAUGCGUGGUGCGCACUGCUGGUCUGACCACCGACUUAUUGUCACUAAGCUACGACUCCGCCUCCGCCGCCCGCGUAGAUCUCCUAUGAAAAAGCUUGCGUCUUUGGACAUAGAGAAGCUAAGAGAUCCUGAGGUGAGGAAGAACUAUGCUGAAGUUUUGUCUAAGAAGCUGUUGCCAGUUAAUGAGACAGGUGAUGUUGAUGCUGACUGGGGAGCUUUAUCAUCUCAUAUCAUGGAUACCGCUUCAAUUGCACUGGGUAGGAAAUGCCGUCGUAAUGAAGACUGGUUUGAUGGAAAUGAUGAAGUUUUGCGGGAGGCACUCGACAAACACCGUGAUCUCUUGCGACAGCACAGAAGGCGUAAAGGAAGCGUUGCGGCGGUCAAAGCUAGUGAUCUUGAACUGCGCAAGCUGUCUCGACAAAUAAAAGACAAGUGGUGGCAGGACAAAGCUAUUCAUAUGCAAUGGCUCACUGACACAAACCAGCUCGGUGAGUUCUAUAGCGAGGUGCGCAAGCUGAUGGGUACAUCCAACCAUGCAAAGGUUCCUUUAAGGGCUCUAGAUAGUAGGCACCCCUUAACAAGCAAGGAGGAUGUACUAAGGCGCUGGGCAGAGCACUUCAAUGCCCUGCUGAAUGUGGAUCGAUCAGCAGAUCUGCAAAGCAUCGCUUUAAUGCCUCAACUCCCUCUUGCCCUUGAGCUGGACGAGCCCCUAUUGCGUGACGAGGUUGUUACUGCCAUCAGACAGCAAAAAAAAUAA